AUGAUUCUGAAUGAUUCAUUGGAUCGAACGCGUUUCAACAUGUUACCAGGAGGCGGUAAUAAAGCUUUGGACCGUACUUGUCGAUGCUAUGGAAAGAAGCCCGUUGUCCUUUGCGAGGAAGUCGAGUUCGUGGAAUGCGACCACAACGAUCCUGCGCGGUCUCCUGAAGAUGACAGCGACUAUGGACCCGUAACCUCGCGAAAGAAACCUCGUACGUCUGUGGGGAUAUAG